CGCCCUUGCACUAAAUCUACCACCACUAAUUCUGGGGAGUUUGCAAUCAGGAGAACAUCACGCACCAUGAUUCUGUGCAAUCCGCACACAACUGGUUGCAAAGUGUUCACUCCUCGUUGGCUGAACCCAUUAGCAACGUAAACAGACUGUUUUGAAUUGCUUAACAAAUGGUACAUUCCCAAACCAAAAACCGGUCCCAUUGGAUGUGCGUAGUGUGAGACAAAAUGAAGGAGCUAAACCUAAUUAGUUCUGAAAACUGUAGUUCGGAGAAAAAAUCUUCCAGCAGCCAAACGAGGUGGAGCAUCCGGAGGCGACGACGACGGCGGCGGAAAUGCUUCCCAGCUUCGAUCUACUGCACCGUGCCGUAUCGCGUCUUCUAUCUGUUUCUGCUGCUGCGAAUGGCGGUGGAAAGUGCCAAAAGUGCUCCCAGCAAAACCGUGGAAAAACUUCCGCAGUACUUCGCAAUGGAGCCACAGGAUCAGACGGCCGUGGUGGGGUCACGCGUCACCCUGCCGUGUCGAGUGGUGAACAAAUCCGGACAGCUACAGUGGACGAAGGAUGACUUUGGACUGGGAACGCAUCGGAAUCUGAGUGGGUUCGAGCGCUACUCGAUGGUGGGAAGCGACGAGGAGGGAGAUUUUUCCUUGGAUGUUUUCCCAGUUAUGCUCGACGACGACGCCCGGUACCAGUGUCAGGUUGGUCCAGGGAAAUUAGGCACACCUGGUAUCAGGUCUCGGUUUGCUACACUAAUGGUGCUGGUGCCACCGGAGCCUCCGAAAAUCGUUCAGGGCGAUUUUAUGGUUACCACGGAGGAUCGCGAAAUUGAGCUUGAGUGCGUUUCGGUUGGAGGAAGACCAGCAGCGGAGAUAACGUGGAUCGACGGGCUUGGGAACGUACUAACAAAGGGGAUCGAGUACAUGAAGGAAGCACUGCCAGAUGCGCGUCGUUUCACUGCCAAAUCCAUUUUGAAACUGACGCCUAAAAAGGAACACCACAACACCAUCUUCACCUGUCAGGCCCAGAACACCGCAGACCGAACGUACCGUUCGGCAAAGCUCAAACUGGAGGUUAAAUACGCCCCGAAAGUGAGCGUGGAGAUAAUUAGCGGUGACAGGAUUGUGGAAGGCACUGACGUUCGCUUUCGAUGUCACGCUGAUGCCAACCCACCGGAGGCAUCCUAUAAAUGGUACAUUGGACAUGAGAUGGUGAAUGGAAACUUUUCCACGGAAUUGGUUAUAUCGAACAUCUCCAAAAAGUUUCACGAUGCAACGGUUGAGUGCGAGGCCCGGAACAUCGUGGGAAAAAGCGAAGAAAGCGAAACCCUGGAUGUGCACUACAGGCCUACCUUUCGAACCUUGCCCAAAUCCGUCGAAGCUGACCUAAAUAUGGUGGUGACUUUGUCGUGCGAUAUUGAUAGUAAUCCCGUGGCGGAUAUUGUUUGGGUUCACGACGAGUCCGGUCGUGUUAUGUCCACCAUGGCCAACCUCACUCUAACUGUAAGCCAUGAAACGGCCGGUCGAUACAUGUGCAAGGCUUCUGUUCUUGGCUUUCCGGAGAUAGAAACGGAGGCCACGGUCUAUCUCAGAGGACCACCGAGUAUCAUCUCACCUCGGCAGCAGUUUGGGACGAUUACCGACACGGGGCAGCUGGAGUGCGAAGCGUUUUCCAUUCCACAGGCGAAUCACAUCGUCUGGCUGCACAAUGGUCACGAAAUUAACACCAGCCACGAAACCGACUACAGCAUCGUCGAGAGUCUACUGCCGGAAGGUGUCAAGUCGACGUUAAUCAUCUACAACAGCCAGAGGCAUCACUUUGGUGGCUACAAUUGCACCGUCAUAAACGAUUACGGGAUCGACUUUGUGGAAAUUGAUUUCGUUUCGAGAGAAAAUAUUUUAUUACCAGUCAUCAUUUUCGGUUCUCUCGGCGGACUGACACUUUUAAUCAUCAUCAUCAUAGCGGCAAUGUGCUUCUGGGGCAGAAAGAACAAAAAAGUGCUUCCACCGGCGGAUGUGAUACCGAAGCAUCACAUCUCGGGCAAGGAUGGCAAGGAAUUGGUCCGUCCAGCGUCGAACGUUAGUGACCUGAAAAUAGAUCGUGAUAAUGAAUUUAUGGAAACCAGCCUCGGUCCAGACGGGAUGACCACUCAAGUGAAUGUGGUUCUCGGAUCGGGCACAACAAUUGCCAAUCACACCAAAAGUGGAACGAUGACGGGAGAAGCCACCGGCAAGGGUUUGAAAAUAUCGAGCGACUACCGGUACUCGGGCGAUUUUUCCGACAGCCUGUGCCCACUUCCUGGGGCCGGAGCCGGGAAAACUGGCAAUGGCUACGUACCUUAUGUGGAUUAUGCUCGUGAUUACAGCCCACCAGCAGCUGCACAUCUUAUGCAAUUCCGAACGAGCACGAGCAGCUCCAAUAUCAGUAAUAGUUUAAGUAACCAUUCCGGUAACCACAAUAGCGGCCCGAUGACGUUGGGUCGACAUCGUAAAUCCGAAUUGAAACCGGACGCUGGAUUAGCCAGCAUUCAAGGAAGCCUCACUUCGCUGCCAAAUGGAAUAAUUAAACAACCAAUCCUACAAGGACAUCUAACGAUUGACCACCGAACGAGUGGUUCCUACGGCAACCCUUUCACACGGGGGUCGGCGUACAGUUCGUCACACAUUCCACCAGCUACUGCCAACCCGGCAGCAACACCGGCACCUCCACCGUACAACCCCGCAGCACGAUCAACACUCGGUUUCAGUAACUCAGGUGCAGCAACCAUAGCUUCAUACGGUUCCGGUUCCAGCCCCGGGACUACCGGAGCAGGCUCGACCAGCCCAAGCUCGGUACAAUCAUGUUCAUUGUCCCUGUCGCACAGUUCGCAGCAAUCGCAACAACAGCAGCAGCAGCCAGUACCAGCUGGCAAUAGUGCCGGCAGUAACCCACAGCAACCCGGCAGCCCAUCCGCCGGUCAAUUCAUUCUGCCCAGCACUGGAACCAUCAAGCAGCAAGGCGCUAAUGCAACGCACGUAUGAAUCUCUUCUUGUGGUGGAUGAGCGUCAAAUAUGUAACACUGCAAUGCUUAUCGACAAAGUACCUAUAUAUUAUGAAUGUUAACUGUCCCGUCAAUUCAAACGCCCUACUAAAGCAAUCAAUUCUUCUCAUUAUCACAAAAGGUGGCUGAGCAUUGGGGUUCAUCAGAAUAAACAACAGUAGAAUUUAAUUUGAAAUUCGGAUUUGUGAUUGA